ACAAAGCCACCACAAACAGAACAAAAUAAUACAAUUCACGCUUGCUCUUCUCUCCACUUCUCAGACAUAGCAACACUAGCAAUUUCAGCCUCCUCCGUUCCAAGUAUAUCAACUAAACCAUGGGACAGGGCACACCCGGCGGCUUGAACCGGCAACUCCCAGGGGACAGAAAAAACGACGGCGAUAAGAAGGAGAAAAAGUUCGAGCCGGCGGCGCCACCCGCUCGCGUUGGCCGCAAACAGCGCAAGCAGAAAGGCCCCGAAGCCGCUGCUCGUCUCCCUACCGUCACCCCUCUGACUAAGUGCAAGCUCCGAUUGCUCAAGCUCGAGCGGAUCAAAGACUAUCUUUUGAUGGAAGAAGAGUUUGUCAGUAAUCAGGAACGCUUGAAGCCUCAAGAGGAGAAGACUGAAGAGGAUAGAUCCAAGGUCGAUGAUCUCCGCGGCUCUCCUAUGAGCGUCGGAAACCUAGAGGAGCUUAUUGACGAGAAUCAUGCUAUUGUUUCGUCAUCUGUUGGACCGGAGUAUUAUGUCGGGAUUUUGUCGUUUGUGGAUAAGGAUCAGCUCGAGCCUGGAUGCGCUAUUCUGAUGCACAACAAGGUUCUUUCUGUAGUUGGCCUUCUUCAAGAUGAAGUCGACCCCAUGGUGUCUGUCAUGAAGGUUGAGAAGGCUCCGUUGGAAUCUUAUGCCGAUAUUGGUGGAUUGGAUGCUCAGAUACAGGAAAUCAAGGAAGCUGUUGAACUUCCCCUGACACACCCCGAGUUAUAUGAAGACAUUGGUAUUAAACCGCCUAAAGGUGUCAUCCUCUAUGGAGAGCCUGGCACUGGCAAAACCUUGCUUGCAAAGGCAGUAGCAAACUCCACUUCAGCAACUUUUCUGCGUGUUGUAGGAAGUGAACUGAUUCAAAAGUACCUGGGUGAUGGCCCUAAAUUGGUGAGGGAACUCUUCAGAGUUGCUGAUGAGCUCUCGCCAUCUAUCGUCUUUAUUGAUGAAAUUGAUGCAGUUGGUACAAAAAGGUAUGAUGCGCACUCUGGUGGUGAACGUGAGAUUCAGAGGACCAUGUUGGAACUGCUGAACCAGUUAGAUGGUUUUGAUUCACGAGGAGAUGUCAAAGUGAUUCUUGCAACAAACAAAAUUGAGAGUCUUGAUCCUGCACUUCUUCGCCCUGGUAGAAUAGACCGAAAAAUUGAAUUCCCUCUUCCAGAUAUCAAGACAAGGAGGCGGAUUUUCCAGAUACACACAUCCAGGAUGACAUUGGCCGAUGACGUCAAUUUAGAAGAAUUUGUUAUGACUAAAGAUGAGUUUUCUGGUGCUGAUAUUAAGGCAAUUUGUACUGAAGCUGGAUUGCUUGCUUUGAGAGAGCGCCGUAUGAAGGUAACGCAUGCAGAUUUCAAGAAGGCAAAAGACAAGGUUAUGUUCAAGAAGAAAGAGGGGGUUCCUGAAGGACUAUACAUGUGAUGAUAACUUGUUUCUGCGACCUGCUUUCAUGGUUGUUAUGAACUUUUACAUGCUUGUCUAUGUGUGGGGCUUUCGGCUCUGUUACUUAAAUUCAUGUUGUCUCUUCCUAUAUGGAAGGAAAGAGAUCUGUUAGAACAAUCUUCUUAAUUUAUAAGAAAUCAAUGAGUUUGUCUUGAUGCUGAGUUUA